AUGCCUAAGAAGCUUCAAAAAUCUCUCCAAGAUUACCUUACCAAGAUCAAAAAACCACCUUCUUCACACAUUCAUCUCCCCUCAAAUUCCUUCUCAUCUUCUAAAAAUUGGAUCCUCUCCGGGUGCAAGCACCCCAAGACUCUUUCAUUCGCCAUUGACUCCAGCCAAGACAAGGCCGGAAAAAACAACGACGACGAAGGAGGAAACAACAAGAGUGAAGCAACUUUAUCAGACGUUGAUCGCUUCCUCAUGGAGAAUUUCAAGUCACUGUAUAUAAAGGACGAUGAAGAUAUGGACAACAAGGGAAAAAGGGGUAAAGCAAAUCAUGAAGGUGAAAACCCUAAUCAUGCAGUCUUGUUUGGAUCGCCUCGGUUGAUGGACCUGCCAUCGGAUAUUUGUGGAUCCCAUCGAUUCUUCAUUAACCCGGGCUUGUCGGGCUCGCUUAUCGAGGAAUCUCGGUCGAGUGUGACCACCACAUCGGAGGAUGCAGGUUCAAGCUCAACCUCAACUAGCACAACCCUAAAUGAUUCCACCACAACAACUAAUGACCAUACUAAGGAUGUCACACUUCCCGAUGACAGCAUUGCGGUCCUAGCGUAUUCUCCGAGCCCUUACGAGGAUUUCCGACGCUCCAUGCAAGAAAUGGUCGAUGCCCGAAUGCGAAAUCAAGGAAGGGUUGAUUGGGAUUUCAUGGAAGAGCUCUUAUUUUGUUACCUAAACCUAAAUGAGAAAAAAUCAUACAGGUACAUUUUAAGUGCUUUUGUUGAUUUGAUCGUUGAUUUGCGUCAGGAUACUGAUAGAAUUCCGGCGAGCACACCGAAUAUUCGUACUAUUCGGAUGAUUGAAAGAGAGAGGAGAAGGAAAAUGAGAAGGAAGUAA